GGAUCUGAGUGUCAGUGACGGGGCUGCAGAGAAGGAGGGCAGAUGGACGCUUCUCUCUCAUCAGCAGCUCUGCUUUUCUCCACUGAGGAGGAAUUCAUGUGGAAGGGGAGGCGCCCGAGCGAGGCGAGCGGCACGACUGCUGGCCGAAUUUAACAAUUAACCUUGAUGAACACAGAUUGGUUUCACUUAACAGGCGCAGGUGCGUGGGGUUUGCGAUCCGGCGCAGCUGAAGCGAUUCCACGUUUAUGACUGGACGCUGACGCAUUUUAUGCCAAACACUGAAACUCUACUAGAGAAUAUCUCUGAUUCCCUCCACCCCCCUCCUCUCACGGGACAGGACGCGUGUUUGCAAUGGGAGUCCGUCCGAUACUCAUCUUCUUACAGAUUCCUCAUUCAGGAGUAUUGCUGAAUUGAUUUGGAGACCUUCAUGCGAAUUUGACCGCCGUGUCAUUGCCCAGUUGAGCAGUCCCAGCAGCUUAAAGCAUCUUCUCCGCGGCGGAGACAAGACGACGGGAAUAAACUGUCCUCUUUACCACUCCAUCUGCGCACUAGACGGCUUGACAUGAGGAGCACAUCCCGGCUGUGCUCCGUGUGAAGAGGCAACCAGGGCGGCAGUUUCUUCGGCUCUCAAGGGCGCAAAAAGUGGCCGAGCUGGGAAGCAUGGAGCGGGACGACGCCGACGCCGUGAGCCCGUCCAAAAAGACAAUAAUCGCGAAAAUCUUCAAAGUUCGCAAGAGGAGGGAGAUGUUGUUCGUGCAGGUGUGCUUUAUCUGCAGUGUCCUCUUCGUAGCGUGGAGCAUGUCAGCGCUGUUGACCAAGACAGGUCAUGGGAUGAUAGUGGAGGGCCAUCCAGACCUUGAACACUGGGGGAGACGACUGAUGGCUUCAGAACCAGAGAACAUAACGGAGAAGAACUGUUCAGAGCCAGCAAUACACGAGUUCCCUGAUGACCUUUUCACCAACGAUGAGCGAAAGAGUGGAGCCGUUAUGCUGCACAUUGUGGCGACGCUCUACAUGUUCCUGGCGCUUGCCAUAACAUGUGAUGAAUACUUUGUUACAUCGCUGGAGAAGGUCUGUGAGAAACUAGAUCUGAGUGAAGAUGUUGCAGGAGCUACCUUCAUGGCAGCUGGCAGUUCUGCACCAGAGCUUUUUGCAUCUAUCAUUGGUGUCUUCAUCACCCACGGUGAUGUGGGGGUGGGGACCAUCGUCGGCUCAGCAGUCUUCAACAUCCUAUGCAUCAUUGGUGUCUGUGGCAUCUUUGCAGGACAGGUGGUGAUGCUGACCUGGUGGGCUGUUUUCAGGGACUCCUUCUACUACAUCCUGUCUGUUGUGGCUUUGAUUGCAUUCAUCUAUGACGAGAAGAUAGUUUGGUGGGAGAGUUUGGUGCUGGUAGUCAUGUAUGCUGGAUACAUCCUCGUCAUGAAAUUCAACUCCAGCAUGCAGAGAUUUUUCAUGGGGAAGUCAAGCAAAAACGUGGCCAAUGGUAACGCAGCGGCGAGCAGUGAGAUGGAGGACGUCAAGCCGAGCAAGGCUUACAGUCGUGGCUCAGUGGUGAUGGUGGACGAAAUCAUGAACGCCAGCCCCUCAAAGUUCAGGUUUCCUGAGGCAGGCCUCCGCGUCAUGGUCACCAGCCAUUUUGGACCCAAGACCCGUCUGCGCAUGGCCAGUCGCCUCAUCAUUACAGAGCGCCAGAAGUUGGUGCAAGCUGCCAAUGGAGUGGAGACACAAGUGAUUGACGGGAAGGUUGAAAUCGAGAAUGGAAACGUUCCAGAGGACAAACCCACUGAGGCAGAAGAAAACGACACUAUCUCGCCAUUUCAUAUUCCAAGGGGUAUUGGCAGCAAGGUGAAGUGGCUGUUAUCGUGGCCUCUGCUUCUGUUGCUGUACUUAACUGUCCCAAACUGUGCCAAGCCUCGCUGGGAGAAAUUCUUCAUGCUCUCCUUCAUCCUCUCUACUAUCUGGAUUGCUGUCUUCUCCUACCUCAUGGUUUGGAUGGUGACUAUAAUUGGCUACACGCUGGGAAUCCCAGAUGUCAUCAUGGGCAUCACUUUCCUGGCAGCAGGCACCAGUGUCCCAGACUGCAUUGCUAGUCUCAUUGUGGCUCGACAAGGUUUGGGAGACAUGGCGGUGUCCAAUACAAUUGGCAGUAAUGUGUUUGAUAUUCUAGUGGGGCUUGGAGUCCCCUGGGCGAUACAGACAAUGUGCGUCAGCUAUGGAUCAGAGGUGAUGAUCAACAGUCGGGGGCUGGUAUACUCAGUGGUGCUUCUGCUGGGCUCUGUGGCUCUAACGGUGCUAGGGAUCCACCUGAACAAGUGGCGGCUGGAUGUGAAGCUUGGCGUGUACGUCCUCGUCCUGUAUGCAGUUUUCCUUUGCUUCUCCAUCAUGAUAGAAUACAACGUCUUCACUUUUGUCAACCUGCCCAUGUGCAUGGAUUAGUAGAGCACAGCAGCAUGCCUCGAAUACCAAAACCUCAAUGCUCCCAUGGCAACCCUUCAUUUUUUUUUUUCUUCAAUAAUACUGGACCUAACUGCGGACUGUUUUUCUCCUCCUUUCCGCUCAAUUCUUUAUCCUUUCAUUCCAAAUAUGAAUCCAAUUUCUUUGCGAGGCAGUACGCUAUAAGUGUGGACUCCAUUCCAUGUCUCUGAUUUGUCCUCUGGCGACACAGUGCUGGUCCUUAAUGCCCGUUGUUUUGGGCAUUGCCUAUUACUGCAGUAAAGUCAUUAGUUCCUCUUUGCACCUGUUAACUUUCUACCCAUCUAGCAUGCCUUUAAAUGUUGGGGACCUCCAGAAUCAGAAGUGCCCCUGUUGAUUGUUGGUGUAUUUUUACUGUUCACAUUAUAGAUUUCCACACACAUUUUUGAAAGGCUUUCCACAAAUCAAACCAGAGACUGUCAAGAGAAAAUAUCCUACCAAAAACUCUUAUUCUCAUCAAAGCUCUCUCAUAGAUAAACCCUCAAACUCAUUCUUGAAAUAUUCACCAAGUUACCCCAGUUCCCAAAGAAACAAGAACACUCCUUUUUUUUGUACCCCCCCUUCUGUAAGAGGGUCUUGUCCUUGGCAGCUCUCCUCCUCUUGCUUGGACCUGACUCCCCUGGCAUGGCCUUUGGCAAUCGGGGGCAGAUACUGUUAGCGCUUCAUUUCAGUCAACCUGUGCAACUCCUGACCCUCAUCUGUAUCAUCAACUCUGCUUUGUUUUCUUUAAAAAAAAGACCUUUUUCAGGACACUUGGUGUCAAGAUGUAUCACAGUCAACAUCAGUUGGCUGUGAGAGUGUUAUGCAUAUGCAGCACUGCACAAUGUAAAUUUGUAAACACUUUUUUUUGUAUUUAUUUUUUCAAAACAAGGUUUUGUCUAGUAUGAAACAUGGAGUAGAACUUAUUGCAAAUAUCAGACAUUGCUUGUUUUUCACUGAAACAAAAUUGCACAUGAAAUGCUUUUCUUGCUUUGUGCUGUAAGGAGAUUUGACUGCUGAGAGGGGUAUGUGGCUGGUGAUGGGGAUUCCACUCCAGUAAUUUUUUCAUUCAGCAAAAGGUCAUUCCAUUUAUCCCUCUGCACAAGUUCACAAAAAACUGGCUCCACAUCUGUGGGAUGCAUCUAAUCUUUGUCAUCAUCAGGUGAUUUGUUCUCAGUUUGAGACAGCAGCAUCAUGAAGGUCGUUGUUCAAAAAAAAUGCAAAGAAACCAGACGGUUUUCAACUUUGACUGCUUUAACACUCUCUGGCCAGUAGGGGCUACUGCAGCUCCCCAAGCCGGGGCAGGGUGACCACACAGCCGUCGGUUAUCAGGGAAACUCGAAGAUGGACAACUCCAAGAGGUGGGGAGGGUGAUGGUCUCUUGAUCUUGAGUUACAUGUAGAUAUUGCACUUUAACAGCCGUCCUCUCAUUCUGAAUCAACUAGUGCUUCCUCCUGUGCGUGUGUAUUUUCAGUGUAUAUGUGUCUGUGUGACUGUAUGUGCGUGCAAGAGAACAUUGUGUGCGUUUGUACGUGCUCAGUGCGGGCCCACACUACGAUUCUCACACUGGGCUCUGGACUCUCAGACUGAAACAUGAGCACACCCGCCUCUGUCUGCAGUGCAUGCUGGGAUUUUAAAUGCAGCUCCUCCACAGCACAGCAAAAGCUGUGGGCUACUGGGCGUCCCAAUGAAUAGCGCCCCCACCCACUUUACAAAAAUCGGCAGCUACGAGCUACACUGCAAUCCAGACAUUUUGACAUCAUGCAAAAAUGCCUGUAAGGAGUCCACAAAACGUGUUGCAGAGACUAAAAACUAAUGUGUGGAGAGUGUUUUAAUCGUUGAAAAUAUUCCUGUGCCACACCGCUGGCAGCAGGCACUUGUAUAUGCAAUCUCAAUGUAAAGAAUUUGUGACAGAAGGCCCCUGCAAGGUUGCCAUAUAAAGACAGGGGAUCCUGUGGAGAUGUGAUGUCAGUUUGUCUAGUAGUACUUGAUGUGUGAGCUCACAGGUGUGUGUUUGUGACAAGCUGAGAAACUGGGCGCAAAGGGUGGACGUUUUUCUGGAGCAGAGGCUUUGAGGGAUGUCUGAUUUCUCCUCCUACACACACACUCCUGUUUUAUUGCUUUCCACUUUUGCCAAGGGCAUUAACUCUUCACCACCUGAGCUAAAGGAGCAGAGGUGCAGCAUGGAAGGCAGGGUGGAUGAUGGCUUUCCUCAGCUGCCCUUGGGACUUUUCCCCCCAAAAGUCCUGGGUGACAACGGACUUUCUAAAUAGUCAGACCCCCUUAGAGCAGCUUAAACUCCAUCCAAUAAACAGUGAUUUAAGGCUGUGCUUAUUGGAUAGAGCUGACCACACAGGGCCCAGAGACAACUUCAAACACCCUCUGAGACCUCUGUAUGACACCCAUCCUCCAACUCAACAUUUUUCAGUGGGACUUUUGUACAUACAUGGCCUAAAUUUUUUGCCUUCUGUGAAGAAGGCGUGUCUGUACUGUACUUGAGUUGAUUCAAAAUGUGCAGUGUUAAGGUUCUUGUGUGUAAUUGUGUGGUCAUGUCGCGGUUGCCAGGCUGAAGGGGUAACACCACAACAGGGGUUAAACACUGCUCCUCUUUUGGCACACAAGAGGAAGCGUGCAGCGUCCGUUCUCACCAAUUGUCUGACUCGCAUCUUUGUGACCAAGUCACUUUUUUUGAAAGAGGAAAAAAAAAAAAAAAACAGUCAGAUGCCAUACUUGUCGUAGCUCUGCAUCAAUCCAGAUUGUAUGAGAAUCCUGUGUUCAAAACAAGCGCACACACUUUAGAGCAAACGCACAGAAAUGGCAGUUUAACCCGAGAGGACUGGUGGGUAUUUCUUUACUGAAUGCGACCUGAUGCACUGUGAGCUCAAUGUGACGUGGGAGUUGUUUGUCAAGAAUAAUAAAUGAUGAAAAAAAAAUAUAUUUAAUGUAAAGUUAAUUACUAUAAAACAUUACUGAGGACAUCUGUAUAACUUAUAUGAAUGUAUUGUCUUGCUAUACUGGACAUAUCCAACCAAUGCAUUUUACUGUAAAGCAAUAAUGUGAAGAAAAAAAAAUAAAAUGGCAAAAUAAUUCCUGUACAUUUGUCUCAGAAGUUCUUGGAUUGUUUGUGAAAUACAUGAAUAAAUGAAGCCAUUUGUACAUGUA